CCUGCAAGGAAAUGAUGGAAAACGGGAUGGACUUCCAGAGGCUGACGCCCCAGAUACCCCCUUUCCUCUCGGGGAACCAUCUUGAGCCCCCUCAGAUGGAUCUAGAGACUCCGGAACAACCUGCAACCAGCCCUGGAGAAUGCAGCGGUACCGCUAGCCAGGUCUCCAGAGAAAUGGAAACUAGAGCGCCCCCACGUGUUGACAGUUGUCCUGACAUGGACACAAGACCCACUUCCGAGGUGCUGGGUAUGGAAGCACAGCUGGGCACAGCAGCACAGGAGAGUGUCUUCCACAUGACUGCCAUCAGCCCUGAAGAAUGCCACAGUACUGCUAGCAAGGUCUCUAUAGAGAUUGAAACUAGAGCGCCCCCACGUGUUGACAGUUGUCCUGACAUGGACACAAGACCCACUUCCGAGGUUAUGGGUAUGGAAGCACAGCUGGGCACAGCAGCACAGGAGAGUGUCUUCCACACCACUGCCAUCAGCCCUGAAGAAUGCAGCAGUACUAGUAGCAAGGGCUCCAUAAACAUUGAAAGUAGAGCACCUCCACGUGUUGACAGUUGUCCAGACAUGGACACUAGACCCCCUUCUGAGGUGAUGGGCAUAGAGGUGCAUCUGGGCACAGCAGCACAGGAGAGUGCCUUCCACAUGCAGGAACUUCUGAGCCAAUUGCCUACUUUUCCCUCAAAUGGUAAUCCCUAUCAAGAGACCUCCUUAGAUGAGGCUCACCAUGAAUGCCAUCCCUGCCUACUGCACAUUGCUAUGGGAAAGGGGCUUGCACACACUGUGAGGAGACUGUCCGAAUCCAGCCCAGCACCAGAUGGUAACCAUGGGCUCUUUCUGACAGACAAUGACAAAGGCGGAAUGAUAACCCUUUUCCAGUGUGAGGAGGGCACCUUAUCAGCUGGUGAUAGUGGGAUGCCCCUGGCCAGACUGGAGGCUAUAGUUAGUAAUGAGCAGUACUCGGGGGCUGUGGGGCUGGUGGAGGAGGAGUCGUCUUCAUCAUCUGGGAUCAGCAGAGAAGACUCUUCCGGUAGCCUGGGGGAUCCAGAACCUCAGCAGUCCCAGCAUACUGCCCAGGAGACAUUGCCACUGUCUCCAAAUUAUCCAGCCCUCCCAAAAGUGCCUGGUCCUUGUGAUCCAGAGGAUUUACUGGAUGGGGUAGUUUUUGGUGCCAAAUAUCUGGGAUCUACGCAGUUGCAGUGUGAGAGACACCCGAUGGCCAGCACACGUAUGCGGCAGGCACAAGAGGCAGUGGAUAGGGUGAAGGCACCAGAUGGGGAAUCUCAGCCUAUGUCAGAAGUAGAUGUUAUGGUGUCAACACAGCGUGUCAAAGUCCUGACUGCGGACACUCAGGAGGCCCUUAUGGAUCACGCACUGCAGACAAUUUCCUAUACAGCAGACAUUGGCAAUAUAGUGGUAAUUAUGGCACGGAGGAAAUCGCCACGUAGUCAGGAUCAAUCAUCUUCACAGAAGAGGCCACAUAAAAUGCUAUGCCACGUCUUCCAGUCAGUUGAUGCAAAGCUCAUUGCCCAGGCUAUUGGUCAGGCUUUUGGCUUGGCAUACCAGAACUUCCUUCAUUCUGAAGGUGUGCAACCAGAACGGCAGGAGAAUACACGUGUGACGGAACAACUGUACAACGCAGACCUUGCUCACUUCACCAAGAAGGAAAACAGCAGGGAGGUUUUUAUCCAGAAAGAAAGAGGAGAAAUGUUGGGUGUGGCUGUUGUGGAGUCAGGUUGGGGAUCCUUGCUCCCUACUGUGGUCAUUGCCAACCUAAUGCAUGGGGGACCAGCAGAACGUUGUGGAGAACUGAGUAUUGGAGAUCAUGUGACCAGUGUCAACGGCACAAGUUUAGUUGGUCUUCCUUUUUCUACAUGCCAGGGUUUAAUUCGGGACCUAAAAGGUCAGUCUGAGGUGAUCCUAAACAUUGUGCGCUGCCCUCCCGUUGCUACAGCUAUUAUUCAGAGGCCAGACACUUCCUACCAACUGGGCUUCUGUGUGGAAGAUGGAGUGAUCUGUAGCCUUGUACGUGGAGGCAUAGCUGAACGGGGAGGUAUCAGAGUGGGCCAUAGAAUCAUUGAAAUAAAUGGACAAAGUGUGGUGGCUACAGCACAUGAGAAGAUUAUCCAGACACUGUUGGAUGCCACAGGGGAGGUCCACAUAAAAACCAUGCCAUCCUCCACCUACAGACUGCUUACUGGACAGGAGACCCCAGUAUAUCUCUGAGGAACUGCUGCAUUUUUGUACAGACCUUGCUUGUCCUACUGGAAAAUAUCUUUAUAUACCAAGGGUAUCUUGCUGUCCACAACCAUGUUGUGCCUAUACUUUAAGGUGGAUGUCUACAAAGUAGAAGGAAUACAUAUUUGUACCAGACAAUGGCCUAGAUUUACCAAUGAUUCUGAGACAAAUAGCGGACACAUUUUUGUCUUAAACAGGUAACCAGUCACAGCUUACCUUUCAUUUCUCAAAUUGCUCUUGUAAAAUGAAAGAUAAGCUGUGAUUGGUUGCUAUCUGUCAGAUAAAAAAUACACUUUUUUUUCUCAGACAGAUUGAUAAAUUUGGGCCAUUAAUGUUUUAUUCUAAUAUUUAAAUGCAUUGUUUAAAUCUUUCAGCUGAUGCCAAUGAAAUAAACAUAUAAUUGCUUGCUAUAUUAGGAUACAUUCACACAUACAGGAUCUGCUGCGUAUUUUUGCUGCAUAUUUUUUUAUAGCUGAUAUUCCUACUCAUUGAAGUUAAUUUGUAGCUAAAUCAGCUGCACAAAAUAUGCAGCAGAUCCUGUAUGUGUGAACGUACCCUUAAAGGGGUUACCCAGGACUAGAAAAAACAGCUGUUUGUUUUUCAAAAACAGCAGCACACCUGCCCUGGGUUUUGUUUGGUAUUAUAGGCCAGUUCCAUGGAAGAUAAUUCAGAGGGUUAGGCUCGGCUUGCAUGUAUAUCAUUAUUGCUAGCUUUCUGCUUGCUUUGCUGUAGAUCUAUACAGAAAUGUGGAACUUGGUUGUAUCGGUUUAUGUCCCAAAGGAGCAGUACUGCUCAAAGUUUCAGCUCAAUAAUGUCUUCACAUUCAGAAAUGUCUGGUAUAGAUUUCAAUUGUCCUUAGUGUGCAUCUACCUGUGUAGCUUUUGGAGCACAUAAGAAUGUAACAAGUCUGAUGGUGUAGUAGAAACACCUCGGCCUCAAUGUUUGGGACUUUAUUUGACACUGAAAAUCAGUGUUUUAUAAACUCUUUCACUAAUGUUGGUUAAACCAACGGUUGUACUGCACUUGUUGGUGUAAAAGGAAUCGCGGGACUUUAAUGGAUUUACUUUCUACUGGUUUUAGUUGCAGGAGUAAUGGGAAGCCUUAUUUAUGGGAAAAGUGCAAUAAGAAAACUAAAGCAUUUUUAGCUGUAACAUUCAGGGUAAACUUUUCCUGCACUGUGUAUAUUUACUGACUAAUUUCUAGUAUGGUUUAUUGGCUACAUACACUGUUCUGUUUUUAUUAAAUGUUAUGACUGAAAAUCCCAUGUCUAAAUCUUCAUUUAAUAAGCUGAAUGAUAUAGAAGAUACUGCCCUGUACAUGAAAUGACACAGAUGUUUAAGCUAAAACAUGGCAUAGCUGGCCUGGUUUUCAUUUAGGCUCUGCCAAAGGUGCUUCCAGACAAAUGUGGUACGGUACCAUUUCUUUAUUAUAUCGCAAUUGCAUAUUGAAAUUGCAAUAUUUACAUCCAUAAUCGCAAUUGCACUUUUUCCCCAAAUUGUG